ACUUCCCGCCCUAGGUGCAAAUCGUACGCAGAUCUUUCUCCUUCCUCCGUCUCAACCAAAGGCCCUCCAGAUUCCAGCAUGAAAUAUCUCACCUUUCGCCGCUUCUCCACCUCCUUCGAUCAUGCCAAUAGAAACCGUAGCUCCAAUCCAGCGAUGAACCCUAGCUUCCUCUCAAUCCCCCACCGGACCAUCCCUGAGCCGCGGGGCCAGGACCACGACUUCGUCGCCGUCGCCCACAGCCACCUCGUCCACGGCGAGUGGCCCAAGAUCGCUGCCCUCGCCACCGGUCUCACCCCCUUCCGGAACAACCACAUCCUCCUCCGAAUCCAGCGCGAUCCCGUCCUCUCCCUCGAAUUCUACGACUGGGCCGCCCUCCACCACCCCAGCUCCCAAAAUCUAGACACUCACUCCAUAAUCCUCCACAUCCUCACCAAGGCCAAGAGAUUCAAGUCCGCCGAGUCGAUUCUCCGAAAAUUUCUCAUCCCCAGAACCCAAAAUUCCAGUGAGGAGCUCUUCGAUGCCAUCCUCUACUCGUACCGCCUCUGUGAUUCGACGCCGGGCGUCUUCGAUUCGAUCUUCAAAGCCUACGCCCACCUGAAGAAGUUCAGAAACGCCACCGACACGUUUUGCCGGAUGAGGGACUACGGAUUCCUUCCAAAGAUCCGAUCUUGCAAUGCUUUCAUGAGCUCGCUGCUCGAUUUGGGCCGGUGCGACAUCGUUUUGGCCUUCUAUCGGGAUAUGCGGCGGUGCCGGAUGUCGCCGAAUGUCUAUACUCUGAACAUGGUCAUGUGUGCUCUCGGUAACUCGGGGAAGUUGGAGAAGGCUUUGGAGUUGUUUGGGAAAAUGGAGACUUUGGGUUUUACUCCCACUGUUUCUUCUUUCAAUACGUUGAUCGCCGCACACUGUAAGAAUGGGCUUAUGGGUGCUUCUGUGAAGCUCAAGAAUGGCAUGGGCAAGAAGGGUUUAGAACCGAAUGUGGUCACCUACAAUACACUCAUUCAUGGGUUCUGUAAGGAAGGGAAUUUGCAGGAGGCCAACAAAGUUUUCAACGAGAUGAAAGCCGCCAAUGUGAGUCCAAACACUGUGACUUACAAUUCUUUGAUCAAUGGUUAUAGUCAGAUUAACAACAGCGAGAUGGGUAUGAGGCUUUAUGAGGAGAUGUUAAAAAGUAGGGUGGAGGUUGAUAUAAUAACAUACAAUGCUCUAAUUCUGGGUCUCUGUAAUGAAGGGAAGACAAAGAAGGCUGCAUACUUGGUGAAGGAGCUUGACAAAGAGAACCUUGUUCCAAAUGCAUCAACUUUUUUUGCUCUUAUAUCUGGGCAGUGCAAGAGGCAGAAUUCGGAGAGGGCAUUUCAGAUUUAUAAGGCCAUGAAAAAGAGUGGUUGUCAUCCGAAUUAUGAUACAUUCAAGCUGUUGAUAUCUACCUUUUGCAAGAACAAAGACUUUGAAGGGGCAAUUGAAGUGCUGAUGGAAAUGUUGGAGAGAUGGAUGGCUCCUGAAAAGGAUUUAUUGGCUGAACUUUUGGAGGGGCUUCGUGUAUCGGGAAAGAGCCACUUGGCCACUAGGUUGCUAUUGGGGACUGCUGAGGGAAGGCUUAUUCCGAAGGCAUAUUUUGAUGGUUUACUUAGUUCCAGUCAAUUUGAGGCUGGAAGCUAAUGAACAUAGAUGAGUAAUGUGGAAGAAGAAAGAGAACAGAGGAUGGGUAGACUGUUGCUCAGGGCUGACAAAACAUCAAGUUUAGCAUUGUAUGCUUGGAGAAAUUAGAAGAGCUAAACAUGGAUAUGUUUUUGUGGAUGGGGUUUUGACAAUUGCCUCCACAUCUUUAUACCUUUGUUGGAGGAAUUUAAUGUGUCUCAUACAGUGACUAGGCAGCAUUAUUUGCCUCAAUUUUGCAUAGACAGCAUGUGAGAAAGUAAUUCUUAUUAAAAGUUGUUGGACUUUGUGGAAUUUGCUUGAGGGAUUAUGUUCUCGGCAUCAUUUGGUAUGGAGAGCAGCCAAUAUCCUAGUCCUGUGUUCCUACUAUCUAUAUUUUUGCUGAGAGCACCUCUGCUGAUCCUGUUGGAUGACAUGUCUAUUCCUGUGAACUCUGUAGGGUAUUUGAGUUUGAUCUGCUGCUAGACAUAGAGCAGCAGUUUAACUGCAUGAUUUCACUGAAGGCUUAAAUUGUAGAUGCGAUUGAUAAUCUGCCACUUAUAUUUCUAGUCAAGCAUUACUCUUGAAGCCAGAUGUUCAGAUCUGAGAAAGAGGUAACUAGAAAGGAGACAAGAUGAAUGAAAGUGAAGGAGUUGUGGCAUGUAGAAGAGGAAAGUAGCGUGUGAGAAAUAUGAAUUCAACUUCAAUCCUCUAUGACUAUAUGAAUGGUACAAUGUGUCUAAUUUAAGUUAAUCUGUACUUCUUUCUGUCAUUUUUCUUUUUGGCUGUUAAGGCUAUUGAUUCAGACCCCUGGUGUUUCUUUUACUCCUUUUGAUUAUUUGUAAUUCUUUUCAACAGAAUCAUAUAGAUAUUUAGAAGAAAUGUCUUUUGCAAGCAUUUUCUUGAUAUGAUUGUCAUAACUUAUAGAGUUUAUCUGCAAGUACUUCCUCUAUAUGCUCAAUCUAUAUCAGCUUCUCUCUGAUCUCUAUAAUUGGCUGUAGAUUUAAACGAUGUAUAAUUUUGUUCAUAAGCAAGAUUUUAGAGUAAAGGGCAGCCCAACGCACGAGACUCCUAUCAUUGCAGGGUCUACGGAGAGUUAGAUGUACUAUACUUCUCCCUAUAUGCGGAGAGGUUGUUUCCAUGUUUCCAACCCAUGACCUUUAGGUCACAAUAGAGCAACCUUAUUGUUGUUCCAAAGCUCACGCUCUAAGCAGAUUUUAGAGUAAUUAUUGAAAAUCUUAAGAACUAGUUGUACUCAAAACAAACUUAUCUUGAUCCAAGAAACUUGAUAUUGAUAAUUUUUUCAUGCACAUGUUCGAGGUACACCAAUGUAGUUUUGGAAGUUUGCUAUUGCAAUAUGGUUUGGACUUUCCGUAGUGUAAUGGUUGAUCUUGCAAUUGAAAGUGCAUAUGCUUCCUAAGAAAUUUCCUGUGUAAAAUAUACCUAUUUCUUGCCACCUAUAAGGAUGCGAUUGUGUUAUUAGACAUAACAAACAUUAGACAUAACAACCAUUGAUGAAGUUAUGUUUGAACAAGUUACAAUGGUCUAGGAACAAAAAUCAUGUGGGGCAGGCACCAUAAUACAUCAUAUGGGGCAGGACUCUUUUUUUGCCAUGUUUUCUCUUACUCCCAUUUUAAAGAGAACCUAGAAGUCAAAUAAAAAUAGAACUUCUCCUUCUAACGGAAUCCGUUAAUUCCAUAAGAAAAUAGAAAAAUUUUCACGUGCCAAUAAAGAUCGUGCGCGAAGAAAGUUCGUCGCAUUCUCUUUCUUCCUCAUCAAGUGAUAUAUACUCAUUGAUUUUCUGAUACAUACCGUAAGCUUCAUUGAUACAUUCAUAGUAGCAACGCAAUACAUACCUUCAGGUAAAUUGAUACAUAGUUUACAGAAUAUGAUGUUCACUAGUACAUAGUAUAUGGCUAGUUGAUACACACCUAGCAAUAUAGUCAUCCAAUAUUCCAAUACAUAUGUCUAGGUAAAUCGAUACACAGUCCAGAAUAUGAUUCUCACAGUAUACACUACAUGACUAAGUGAUACACACUUGUCGGCAUCCUGAUACAUACCUUAAGCUUUUCUGAUGCACACCCAGCAGGAACCCAAUAUAUACCUUCAAGUAAAUUGAUACAUAGUUUUCGAAAUACUGUAUUCAUGAGUACACACUGCACAAUUAGACGAUGCACACUUAGCAAAAUAGUUAUCAAAUAUUUCAAUAUGUACCUUGAGGUAAAUCGACACAAUUUCUAAAAGAAAGAGAGAGAGACUCGGGAGGAGAAAGAAGCCCUCACGGAUGGGAGAGGGCUUGAUGAAGAAGAGGAUAGAAGAAGAGGCUUGACGAGGAAGAAAGAUGUUGCGGAUGGUUUUUCUUCGCAGAUGGUCUCUCUUGGCAUGUGCAAUUUUUUUUUCUUUUUUAUUUUUUUUCUUUAAGUUAGGUGACUGACGGACUUCGUUGGUGGGAUUCCUUUUAUCCCUAUUUGACUUUUGGGUUUCCUCUUUAAGAUAGAUGCAAGAGGAAACAUAUAAAAAAGGGAGCCCUAUCCUAUAUUUCUUUCUAUGAUGCCUGCCCUAUAUGAUUUUCGUUCAUAGUCUAGAGAACCAUUUUACUUUUAUACGAGGAAGAUCAACCACUAUCACCACUUUCAUGCCUUGAUAUAUAAUUGAAAGUCUCAAAGGAAUUUAUUUAGAGGAGGCAUACGUAAGGUUCCAUGCCAAUUGGUUCUAUGAGAUUUAAGGAUGAAAAGUUAUGAUAAGGUCUAUGUUGAGACUGUCAGACACUACAAUGUGCAUUCACAUGUUUGUGAAGUAAUUAUAUAGUGGUAAUUCUUGUGGCCCUGCACUGGAUGUGGGGGAUGACCCUUAACAACUUCCAAGAGUCAUAGCUGUUGAUAAGCCUAAUAUCUUAUAGGAAGCAUGAUACAUGCUAAUUUUAGAGGAUCUCUUGUUAAGUGGUGAGAACUCAAUGUACGAAAAUCUUAAGAGUUAUGAUUGCAAAUCUUGGAGAACACAGGCUUGGCCCCACCAAACCCCAGAAGCCAAAAACUUGUAAAGAGCCAUUCUGAAAAAAGUGAUCCACAGUUGUAUGGAUCUGAAAUUUAUUUGAACCGAGAAAUAGCAAGAAAAUAUUUCUUGUUUUUCUUUGAUUCUUAUAGUCCAGGACCAGGUGCACAUUCUGCAGACCAAAAUUGAUCCACCAACAUAUAAAGAGGAGAAAAAAUAAAAAAAAAAGUAUCUGGACUUAUUUUUUGCAGAUAAAAAUCUAAAUUUCAACAUCAAGACAAUCUUUAAACCCUAAAAUACCCCACCUACUCUUUUUAAACUUAGACUUGCAGCUAUAGGCCUUUCCUUAUUUUCUAAUAUAGAAAUUAUACUUGAGACCUAUAUUCAAGAGGAGCGGAAACAAGAGGGAUAGGCCAACUAGGUAGUUUCAUCUGUCUCUUCAUUGGCCUAUGAGAUAGCCACCGAAAUCAUCUCACACCCAUGUAAAAGAAGGGGACCACUGGUUAUAGCUGGCAUAGCAAUGGAUAGUAGUAGCGGUUGGCCCAUUUGUAAAAGCCCAUGUAAUGUUGGUUAGGGUUGUAAUUGAUCUGAGCUUGAUUGAAUAUUGGUUUGAUCAAUAUCGGCUGGAAAUUAAUUUCAAACUUGAAGCUUGAGAUGUUGAGAUCAAGCUUGGCUCAUUUAUUUUUUGUCUAGUUAUAAUUUAUGUGCAAAUUCACAUGGUUACUUUAAAUUUUUUAGAUAUAGGAUAGAUUAUAAAAUUUUUAGCAUGGAUUGGUCAUAAAUAUGCCUCCCUCAUGAAAUUCUUCAAGAUAUUUGAUAUAUCAUGUUCUUAAUCUAGAUAAGCCUUUUUUUCUUUAGCUAUGACCAACAAAUGACUAUGAAUUUGGAUUUUGGAGGAUGUUGGACUCUAGUUAUGCAUAGAAUCACGGGAAUCCCAACUAAAGGAGUCCCGCUUAGACUCCCUUCUUAGAGUCUAGCAAUGUUAGAAUCUUUCUAUAUAUGAUUUUGUGGUUUGCGCCUCCAAAGGAGAAUUUUAAUUAGAGUUGUAAUGGAAAUACAAAAGUUGGGAAAGGUAACUGCUUUUAUAUAAUGUUAGGGUCAGGAUUAAGACUGAGCCUAAUUGAUCCUUAUUUUCAACCAAGCUGAGCAUGAGCCUCUUUUGACUUGAUAAACUUAAAUCAAGUUGGAACUAAUUUGAGCUUGCCUCGAGCUUGACUGAAGUUAGUCCUAAGCCAGUUUCAAGCUAGCUUUUCAAGCUUGACCCAAGCCCAGUUCCAGCUUGAAUUAAAGCUAGGGCCUAGAAGACCCUCAAGCAUACCUCAAUGUCAGUAGUAGGUGGGGAUCUUGGGGCCAGCUAAAUUCAGGGAUGACUUAGGGAUAAUGGGUUUUUCCUGCUAUUGCAAGCUGCAAAAGCUCACACAUAUCCCCGUAAUCCAUGGGGGAAGAGUUGACAUUUUGAAAACAACCAUUCCUUCCUUUUUGUGUGGAUAACAACUUGUGGAAUUGAUGUAUCCCAAAAUUCGGCCAAAAGUUAUCUUUGUGGUGGAUCUUCUCAAUUUACUUAUCUUCUACCAUGAUAGUAGUUAUGCUACUUCUCUAGGCCUUUUUUGGAGUCUGGUUUCUUCUUUCUCUUUCUAUUAAUUCCCUGUUUUUUUAUUAAAAAAACAUGUUGUUAUGACCCUCUUGUCUAAUAUAAAUCCUUCUCCCAUCUUGUCAUUGGAUAGGGGAAGAAUAAAGAUGAGAAUAUAUUAGGAAAAAUCUUCAUUAUUCUUCUUUUGUCCAACUAUCUCCAUCCUUCAUGAACCACCAGCAUACCUGCUGCAUACGGUCUAACGCAAGCCAUGCCUUCUUGUGCUUGUUGUUGUCGCCUUCAUUGCUCCAAAGUCUUUUAGGCCUAGUUUGGAAAUGGGUCAGGGUGGUUUUAUCCCCACCUAGUCCUAGGAUAACACCCAAGUAGGCUUUUUUUUUUCGGUUUUUUAAUCCAGCCUAGGUUUCCAUCCCCAACAGUUCAAUCAACUUAAGGACGAGGGGGAUGGCUUUUGUUCCCCCCAAGAGAGGGAGAGGGGGGGGGGGGGGGGGUUCAAGGACUUUGAAAAAACCUUGUUUCGAGAGAGAUGGAGAGGGGUGAUGGACAGUAAUUUCUCUAAUGACUGAUACUGCCCUUGUUCAUCUCUCACCCUCUCUCCCUCCCGUCCUUUUCUCCUCUUUACUCUAGCCGCAACCACCCUGAUCUAUGAUCCAUCCAGCCUAUUCGCUUUGAUCUGUAGUUGAUUGUGCCUUCACUCCACUACUGCUCCUCUCAGCGCUAUGAGGUCUAUUUAAUCCGGCCCUUGGAGGCUUCUUCCUCGCCUUCUCCUCAUCUGCCAUUGUUGAAGGUAAAUGGCCAUGGAUCCCCACCCUAUCUGAGUGCUCUUGAGCCAUAGACUGCAUAUUGAAGGCCAGGAAGUCAAUGGACAAGGGAAUCUAAGCUUCUAGGUUUACAAUUUUUGAUCCAUUUUUCCUUGUUUUUGCAGGUGAGAGGUCAGGGGUAGCGACUACUUGUCUGGUUGCAUCAAAGGACAUCAGCUUGUGGUUUCCUUCUCUACUUGUGCUUCAAACUUGUUCAGGUGAGCAGAGAACAGCAGAGUCAAGCCCUUGUUCUUGCAUGGUUUUUUUUUUUUUUUUGAGGUUUAUAAUUCUUUUAGAUGUGUUGAACAGCAAUCUUGUACUUGCACGUUGGGAGAUUGAUUUGCAUUAGUGAAAUCAUUUGUUACUGAUGGUCUCCAACUCCUCUUUCUGAUUUCACAUUUUGCUUGUAUUUCUCCUUAUGCCUAUUAUUGUUCCUGGAGUAGAGGACCAUUACUGUUGCUCCUCUUUCUCCUAGGCUAUGAGAUGGUUCUAUAUGCACUCCUCUUGGCCAUGGCUGUGUUUCUUGUCUCCUUAUUUUUCUGUUGGUUCAUCUAGGUAAGGUGGUGGUCUUAUGGCUUGUAAUUUAUCAUCAUUGUACUUUUUCUCAGAUUCUGUGCUUUUCAGACAGGAUUUGUGGACAUGUAUUUAGCUAUUUGACUAGCUAUGUAUGUAUUGGCCAUGUAUUUUACUACUUGACUUCCUAUUUGGAUGCAUGGACUAUAUAUGAUGGUUGUGAUGUUUA